AUGUUUGCCGCACGACAACGGGUGAGCCAGAUGGCUCGCCAGCUGCCUCGGGUAUCGCGAAACUACGCCUCCGACGCCCACCACGGUCACCACGCUCCGCAUACCGUCAACGAGUCCUUCGGGACCGGAUCCAUCGCUGCCGUCGGAGUCUUCUUCGCUGGAGCUCUGGUCUUUUCGCUUUCCCCCAGCGAGGGUGAGAACUCGGCCAUCUACAACCUCAUCAACAAAUAUACCUCCAGAAACGAGGACUGGGAGGAGAUCAACCAGGCUCACAGCGCCGCCGCUCGCCAGGCUGGCUUCGACCGAAACCUUUUCCAGUACGGUGGUUCUGGAAACCGCCAUGUUGAGGUGGCCUACCCCGAGUAUGUCGACCGAGCCCCCCCGGUUAUGACCUUCUUUCAGAGACUAACGCUGCAAUUUUUUCCCACCAGGGCUCUCCAAUCCCAUGGCGCACGGAACAUUCGAGCUGGACAGCUUAUCAACAUUGAGAAAGUUGUGGAACACAUGAGGCAGGAGCACCUGAAGGAGGAGGAACAGAAAGUAAAGGCUCUGGCAUUGGCACAGAGCAAGGAGGAAUAG